AUGAACCCUGAGAAUUGUAAGGAAGAGAAAGAAUUAUUUUAUACAGAAAAAUGUGGAAAUGAAUAUAACAGCAGUUUAAAUAAAAAUAACGAUAGUGAGAAUAUGAUGAUACUAAAUGAGAAUAAUUUUAAUGAUAUAAGGCAUGAUGAAAAUAUAGAGGAGGGUAAAAAAGAUAGAGAAAUAUAUAAAGGUCAAAAUAAUGCGGAAGACGGUGAAGAAGAUACAGAUUCAAUUUUCGGUUUAUCAUCUCCUCCUCGAAUAAAGAAAAAGAAAAAUAAAGAAGAUGACAACAUGUUUAUAAAAAAGCAAAAAGAUGACAGAUAUGAAAAACCAGAAAAGAACGAUAUAGUGCAAAAUUAUGAGAAGCAUGAUCGCGAACACAAACACAGACACAGACACAAACACAAUCAUAAUUACAAAGAAGAAGAUGAAAGUAAAGAUGAAGAUGAAGAGAAAAAGAUAAUCAUCGAUAAGAACCACCUAUUUCACGAAAUAAAUUCGUUAAUAAAAAAAAAAUUAAAUAUAAACGAUGUUAUUAAAAUUGACAUUUUUUAUAAGGACAACUGCACACAGAUAAAACCCUAUACCUUAUUUGAUGAUUAUAAACAUGUAAAUAUUGAAAAUAAAGUAAAUAUUGAAAUAAUAAAUUUUUUAAAGAACAGUUUAAAGAAUAAUAGAAAAUUUAUUAAUAUACAUAGUAGUGUAGUGGAACUCCGAGGGACUUUUAAUGACGAACUAAUAAAUUUACCCAUCAUUAAUCAAAUAAUAUUACAAAAGAUAAGUAACAACAAUUAUAAGUAUAAGUUUAAUAUAGAUAACGAGGUGCUCAAUUAUAUUUAUGUUGAUCUUUUUAAGAUUCAUAAGAGCAAGUAUAAGUUUAAAAUACUUGAGAAGAAAUUCGAAAUAGAGGAGUGGUAUUACUACGAUACAAAGAAGAAGAAGCGGAAAGGAGACGCAGCAUGGGAGAAGCAAAACAAGGGUGUAAAUAAGGGAGCGACGGAUGAAGAGGUGAAUGAAGGGACGAAUAAAGGGGCUCAUGAAGAGCCAUAUGAAGCCUCGAAUUAUGAAAAGGACAAAGAAUGUAAGUAUAACUUUAUGGAAGAGGAUGAAGAACACGAGAGUGUGGCAUCAAGAGAAUGUAACGAAAGUGAUGUCCUUCUAAAUUUAUAUAAUGAGGAAAAAAAAAAAGAGGAGAAAAAUUUAACAAAAACGAAAAAGAAAAAAAAAAAAAAAAAAAAAAAUGUUGAUAAGGACAAGUUGUAUAUUGAAAAAUUAAAAAAACUUUUAGAAGAAAACAGUGAAAAUGAAUCAAACAUUUCUUCAAAUGAGAAAAGUUCUGAUGAUUCAGAUGACACAUCGAAUGUUAAAAAUCAGGUUUUAUAUAAAAGGAAAAUAAUAUAUUCAAAACAUAAUGACAACACAAUAAUAAAUGUUUUUAAGGAAGUUGAAAAUGAUACAGUAUGUAUCUAUUACCCCAACAGUUUUUAUAAUCAAUGUUUAAAUUUAGUUUCACUGGAGCCCAUAUCAAACAAUGAUAAGACCAGGGCGGCAUAUGCCAGUCGAGCAAAUUCGUGUACGUAUGACAUGUACUUACACAAAAAUAAAGUUUGUAAUUUACAUAACGAUGCAGAAGACCAUGCAUAUUUGAAUAUUCUUAAUGAAGAAAAUAUUAAGAUAAAAAAAAGAUAUGUAAGGGACAUAUCUAUAUACAAUUUUUGUUGCGAUGAGAAAUACAAAGGAUGCAGUUUGUUUUUACACAUAGCAAAAAAUAAAAAAUUGAAGAAUUUGAAAAUUGAUUAUAAUAUUAAUUAUUCUGACUUUGUUAAUAAUUAUGAUAUAAUUAAAAUGUAUGAAAUUAAAAAGGAAGACAACUCGAAUUACAAAUGUGCAGAAGGUAAGAAGAUAAAUGUGGGGAAAUUGUUUGAGCUUGAAAAGGACUGGAAAGUCAACGUAGAUAUGCACAUCGACAUUGAUAAGCUUGUAAGGGAAUUUCAGAAAAAGUAUGACAUAGGGGAUGGGGAUAAUGCGUGUAAAGCGGAUAAUGUGUGUAAAGCGGAUAAUGCGGGAUAUGCUCAGUUACGCAAAGAUUGUGACAAGGGCGGAAAGAAAGAUAGCGAAAUUGAUAGAAGGAAAAGGACGAAUAAGCUGGACUACAUAAUAUACAACUUUUACAAAAAUUUCGAAUGUUUAAUUAAUUUUAUAAAUAAAUUAAAAAAUAGCUGCACGAAGUUUGAAUAUUUUUACCCCAAAAUGAUUGGAGAUGUAAAUGAAGAAAUUAGAAAACAUUAUGACAAGAAAAAAGUUAUUCUAUUAAAAAAGUCAAAUAUCAAAUAUAUUCGUAUAUUUAAUAAUGAAGUAAAGAGAAUAAUGAUUUUAUUUUUUGUAUCAUAUGAUUCGAAAAUAUUAGAUCUUGCUUGUGGACAUGGGCAAGAUAUGCUUAAAUAUAAUACAGUAAGAAAUAAGGUAUAUGUAGGUUUAGACAUUUCAAAAAAAGAGAUAGAACUAGCUAAAGAGCGACUAAAUGGAAAUGAUAUGAAGGGAUUAUGUAAUAAUGAUAAUUUUCUUUUCUUGCAAGGGGAUAUUUUAAAUAAUAAAUUUUAUAGAAAAUGGAAAAAUAAAAACAUCACCUUUGAUAUAAUUUCUAUCAAUUUAGCAUUACAUUAUGUAAUAUAUAAUGAAAAAUCAUCUAAAAAAUUUUUUAAAAUUAUUGAAAAUUUUUUAGAAAGUGAGGGAAUUUUAUUAGCUACGACCAUUUCGACUAUAACUCUGGCCGAUUUUUUAAUGAAACGACCUAACAUUGAAAUAGUUAAUGACACUAUUUCGCUCACCUUAGAAAAUGACUUGUUUACCAUAAAAUUUGACCAAGAAAAUUUGCUCAAAAUUUUCAAAAAUAAAUUAUGUCUUGAAGAAUUUAUAGAAUUUAUUAAUUCCAACAGUUCAAAUUCAAGAAUGAAAUAUGAUUACUUUUACAAUUUAAUAAAAGAUUCUCUGGAUAAUACUAUGGGUAUUAAAUAUUACUUUUAUCUAUAUGAUACUAUAGAUGCUAACGAAUUUGUUAUACCUCAAAAAUAUUUAAAGAAGAAAUUACAAGAAUUAAACAUGGUUGAAUUAUUUAAUAAUACAGCCAUUAUGUUUCUUCAUUAUAUAACAAAUAAUUUAGAAACUUAUGAAAAAUAUCAAAAUAUAAAAUAUUUUAAUUUAAUUAAUAAAACAAUUGAUAAACAUAUCUUUGAAGAUAUUAAAUUAAGAAUCAACAAAAUUCAUGGAUAUGAUAGGGAUUCGAAAAUAUAUUAUGAUAUAUGUUCUUUGUACCAUGUAUAUGUGUAUAAGAAAAAUUUUGAUGGAUCCAUCCUUGGAAUAAUCUAG